AUGCGAAUCUGCUGGUCGACUGGAAGUUCAACCGGCAUUACGGGAGGAGGAUAUCUGGCCAGGGGGGACUGGGCUGGGCAUGAGUUCGACAUUGUAGACGUUGACAAGCUGAAGAAUGAGAAAUGGGAAGAUGUUAGUGAGGAUACUCGCGAUGAGUUCAAGGCUCUGUGGUCAAACCAUUUCGAAAAAAACUGGGAAACUGAAUGGAGAGCUUGA